AUCACGUAAACACUGUCUCAGCCACACUUGAUACACUACGCUCGUAAAUAAUACUUAUUUUGACUUGUAUAUGUCAUUAGCAAGUGUUGUGACGCAGGUGAGGCACACCUUGUGAAGCUCCACACAAUAUUCCUGGCAGGAAAGUUCUAUCUCUUCUCAAAUGGAUGAGAUAACUUGUAUUUGAACCUUGUUUAGCAGUUGUGUUGUUGUGCUGGAGUGCCUGGGGAAGGCUGGCUGGCUCCUCCUCACUUGCUCCACCAUUUAUUAUUCUCCUGCACUAGUUCCACCUUAGUCAUCAUGGCCCCUAGGAGGAUCGGCAUAAUUGGCUAUGGACAUCUGGGUCAAUACCUGACCCAGGCUGUCUUGGAGCGACCUGACUUGGACCUGGCAUUCGUCUGGAAUCGCACCUCAGCCUCCCUGGAGACUCGCCUAGAGGACAGACAGAUUUGUCGGGACUUAGAGGACUGUGCAUCCUACUCCCCUGACCUGGUUGUUGAGGUGGCCCAUCCUCUCAUCUCUCACAAGUAUGGAUCAAUGUUACUUGGUGUUGCGGACUACAUGGUUGGGUCACCUACUGCUCUGGCCACACAAGCAGUGGAAGAGGAGCUGCGGGAAGCAGCCACCUCACAUGGUCUCUACCUGCCAGCAGGAGCUUUCUGGGGGGCUGAAGACAUACUCAAGAUGGCUGAUCGUGGAACACUCAAGGCCCUGAAAGUUACAAUGACAAAGCAUCCAAGUUGCUUUAAACUUGAGGGAGACCUACAAGUGAAAAAUGCACUAGUAAGUGGUAGUAAGCAGGUGACUCUGUAUGAUGGACCAGUACGACAACUGUGUCAUCUUGCACCCAACAAUGUCAAUACUAUGGCUGUUGCUGCCAUGGCUGCUCACAACCUUGGCUUUGAUGGUGUACAAGGAUGCCUCAUCUCUAACCCGCUAUUAACAGACUGGCACAUAGUUGAAGUUGAGGUGACUGGCCCCGAGGUUGCUGGGAAAAACUUCACUGUGAAGACAAUCCGUAGUAACCCUGCCAGUGUAGGAGCUGUAACUGGUACAGCUACUUAUGCAUCUUUCCUCUCCUCAAUGGUUCGAGCUGGAGGUCAAGGGGCAGGAGUUCAUUUGUGUUAGGUGUCUAUUUGUAAUAAUCAUAAUAGUAUAAUACCUGUGCUUCUUCCCUUAUCUUCAUAAUAUGGAUGAAAAAAAGAUACAAAUUGGAAAUUUUUCCAUAUUCAUUUAUUUAAGAUAAAAAAAAAAAUUCAUUUAUAGUACCAUUUUAUUAUUCUCAAAACUAAGUGCUGCAACUAGAUUGUUAGUAGUAAUGAAGGAGUGUUAUCAUGCAAGAGCAAGUGUACUUGAGUGGAGUGCAUUAAUGCAUGUGUAUGUGUAUUAGCUAAGUUGUUUUUCCCAGGGCUGAGUCUCAGUUCCUGGCCUCUGUCUCUUAAAACUGUGCAUGUUGUUUGCCUUCACUUCUCAUCAGAUUCAUUCCAGUAUUUGCUGUCCUAAUAUCACUGUUGCUUAUCUGGUUUCUAGCUUCCAUCUACGUUCCCUCUUUUAAGUUUCUUGCAUUUCAUUGUUCAGGUUAGUCCUGUCCUUUCUGUCAUAUCCUGAGUAUCUUGUACAUCAUAGCCAUAUCUCUUCUGGUUCUUCUCUCUAAGGUCAUUAUUAUUAUAAUACAAACUAAGCACUAAACCUCUUCUAAGGUCAAUAGGUUGUUCCUUUAAUCUCUUGUAGCUUAAUCCCCUUAGCCCUGAGACUUUUUUUUUUUUUUUUUU